GAAAAUGCCAACCAAAAAUGGAUCGAUGAUAACCACCACCACUCGAUAACCACCACCACGACUCAUCUUUCCCGUAAGAAAAUGCCAACCAAAAAUGAAUUUGAUGAUAACCACAAAACCACCACCACCACUUAUCUUCAUCGUGAGAAAAUGCCAACCAAAAAUGGAUCGAUGAUAACCACCACCACCACCACUUAUCUUUCCCCUGAGAAAUAUGAAAAUGUGAAAGGUUGUCGUUUCCCUGGCGCCUAAAAGUUUGCUAUCAUAAUUUUUGCUUUCAAGUCAAAAUUUGAGAGAGAAAACAAAAUUGCAUAAAAUUCUAAAAAAUCUGGACCCGACCCGACCCGACACACUUUUCACGCACAAUUUUAAAUUUUCUGUAUAAAAAGUAACUUUAAUUAGUCCAAAUUAAUCAAAAUUUAAAAUGUAUUGCUGUCCCUGCCCUGAACCUGGUUAUAUCGCGCAGCCACACCACAUUCCUGGAUACGCCGGACAUAUGCCAACUCUUCGACAACGGAAUGGGAAAUCUUUUGGCAACGCGUCCCGUGAGAUUAUUGAGGACCCCUGCGUUUCUCAGGCCCCCAUCCCCAUCUUGGCCCCACCGAUGGUAAAAUGUCCCCCGAAAAAUGACUGUUGGCGAAAUCCCGUCGGUUGUGAAGAUAUUGGAUGCUGCGACCCCGCAUUUUGUCCCCAACCGCCGCCCCGUGACCGGAAGAAGGCCUGCCAACCGGAUAACGUUCCACAAUGUCUGCAGCAAUGCGGUGAUCCAAGAGCGCAUCAUCUCAACAGAGGCCCCUACGCGUGCCCUUGCCGACCAGAACCGGAUUCGAAUAUUUAUCGCUGCUGUGAACCCAUGUCGGCGACCUAUGCGGGAUACGUUCCCGGCUUCACGUUCCACAGUACCGGGCGGACCAACGAGGUCGCCACUUUCGGGACGAAGCAGUACAUGAACAAUUGCUUUUACAUGAACACUUUUAUCCGAUAAGAUAAGAAGAUAAGCAAAUCAGUGUGAAUCAAAAUUACCCCUGUGAAACUAAAAUUUUAGGAAAA